AUGUCCGAUGCAUUCCAGACCGGUCGUCUGUCUGAUAAAAUGAAGGUCAUUUUGGCCUAUAUUAUUGCGAGAUCCGCCUGGGAGUUUUAUGACUCUGACUGGAUGUCCAGAUCAUGGACUGCUGAAGAUAUCCAUUUUAUGCAAGAGCUGGCGUGUGACAACGACGACGUCGAGCCUUUAAUUUUUAUCAAUCGACCAUACUUAGCCGUCCGACGGGAAGAUGCUAGCAUUAUUGAGAGCGAAACUAGCAGUGUUAUCGGGCAAAUUCACAGAUAUCCUCGAAUACUGGCCCUUGGAAUGAUGCUGAUUGAAAUCGGCACUGGCAGGCGAGCGAGGAGUCUUUUCAGCAAUUACCACGAAAACCUCAACUCCGAUUGGCAUUCUGCUCGGCAGUUUCUGUCUAAAACGGUCCCUUGGGACGGUUUUGACUACAGAGCGUUUUGGGAUGCCACGCGAAAUUGUGUGAACAACAAAUUGUUUCUCAAGGGGCCAAUAGCUCGCAUCGGUGGGCAUACAUUAGUCGACAUCGAAGCUAGGCGUCGGAUAAUCUUCGAAGACGUCGUAACACCACUGGGAGAUCUUCUUUCUGGCACGGGAUGGAUCCAUGAUAUCUGCACGGUCGGCUCGAUGAAGCCACCAUGGAUAAGGUAA